CAUUGAUAGGUGGCACUGACUGGCACUGAUGGGUGACACUGAAAGGCAGCUCAGAUGGGCACUGAUAUGUGGCAUUGAUGUGCACUGGUAGGCACUGAUAUGUGGCAUUGAUGUGGCACUGAUGGGCACUGGCAUGAGGCACUGAUGAGCACUGACACAAGGCACUGAUGGACACUGACAGGUGGCACUGCUGGGGCUACACUGAUCAUCAGGGCACACUGAUCAGCAGUGCCCUGCUGAUCACUUUCAGUGUGACAGCUCGAGAGGAGAGAAAUGCCGAUAACCGGCAUUUCCCUGUUUACAUUUGAUCAGCUGUGAUUGG